AUGACCUGUGUCACGACUGUUACAACUCAAGUAUUAUGGAAUGGGGUUGUUACAGAGAGCUUUAAACCUUCACGGGGCAUUGGUCAAGGGGAUCCUCUAGCCCCAUAUAUCUUUGUACUCUGCAUGGAGCGGUUGUCUCAUGCUAUCAAUCGAAGGGUUGAUUCUGGGUCUUUGAGCUUUCUCGAGGCGACGAUUCAAAUUCUGAUAAAGAAGAGAAAAUUUCGAUGGAUCCAAGGCUCUCAGAACAUUGUCGCUAAGCUAACCGGCCUUCCUUUCCAGCAGUGCAAGCAUAAUAUCACCACCGUCGAUUGCCAGCCAUCAGGCGCAGGCGGUGUGCUCGUCUUCGUCUCCGGCACGCUACAACUCGCCGGCGAGCAGCAUGCUCUCAAGUUCAGCCAGAUGUUUCAUUUGAUGCCAACACCACAAGGAAGCUUCUAUGUGUUGAAUGACAUAUUCAGGUUAAACUACGCAUGAAGAGAC